CCCUUCUCCCGCUCUCUUCCCCACGGCGAGCGACGAGAAGAAAGGAACGUAGAGACGAAAACAAAGAACAAAAAAAAAGGGGGGAAUUUUUUUUUCCUUCUUUUUUCUUUUGGGUUUUAAUCUGAUAUCGAUGGCGGCUUCGAAGAUUUGGAUGGUUUCGAUCGUUCUCUCGAUCUUGGUAGUUGGAAUCCGGAGCGACGCGGAGGUCGAGGACGGGACGGUGGCCGAGGCUUGGGAUUCUCCGCUGAAGCCGGAGAUCGAGCAGCUUAAAUCCAAGGUCGCCGGUCUAGAAUCAAGUUUAUCGGAUAGAACUGAUGAAGUGAAGAGAAAAGAAGAGAGAAUUGCACAACUGGAAAAGAUUGUCGAGGAGAAGUUGGCGACCAUGGCUUCGCUGCAGAGUGAGAUAGAAUUGCUUCAGAAAAAAGGAGUUGUAGACGCCCAGGAAUUGGUGGGAAGGGCUGGUGCACGUGCUGAUGAACUUGAGAAACAGAUUGAGAAGCUUAAAAAUGAAAUAGAGGCCCAGACUGGAAAAGGAGAUGCUUUUGUGGCCCGGGCUGGCGAAGCAGAGAAGAAAGUUCAAGAACUCAGUCUGAAAUUGGAAAACCUUGAAAGGAUAAAUGAUGAACAGAGACUCAGACUUCAGAAAUCUGAACAAGCUCUUCAAGUGGCACAGGAGCAAUUGGCAAAGACGCAAUUAGAAGCAAGAUCAAAAUCAGACAAGUUGAGGGAGGUUCAUGGGGCAUGGCUACCACCUUGGCUGGCAAACCAUAUUGCUCGUUGUCAGGAUCUUGCAGUGAGUCACUGGAAUAUGCAUGGGAAACCUGCUUUGGAUGUUUUCCUACAGAAGGCAUCAGAGAAAUCAACCCAGGCACAGAAAUGGGUAGAACCCCACCUGGAAACUGCUAAAACAAAAUGGAUCCCUGCUGUCAAGGAACAAUGGGUGACCUUGAUAACUUAUAUUAGGCCCCAUGUGCAAAUGGUCUCUACUAAAGCUAUCGAGGCUUAUUGGGUGUGCACAAAUACUGUUACACCUCAUGUUGUGAAAGUAAAAGAACUUGCCGAUCCUUAUUUCCAGGAAGCUAAGAAAUUUUCUAAACCAUAUGUUAACCAAGUCGCUGCUGUCAGCAAGCCUCAUGUUGAGAACGUGCGUCUUGUUUUGAAACCUUACACAAAAUAUGUAGCCCAUGCUUAUGGAAAGUCGGUGGAAUCAACGACUGCGUGUCAUCAUCAGGUUCAAGCUGCUGUCCAUGAGAAAUUAGUGAAGCAUAAACUCACAAAACCUCUUGCAACUAAAGAGCUGGUGUGGUUCAUGGCCUCUGCUUUGUUGGUUUUACCUGUUUUCUGCAUUUACAGAAUCUUUUCAUCCAUAUUCUGCAAAAAGACGAGGACCACACGGAAUGCCAGUUCCCGUCAUGCAUCUCAUAAACAUAAAAGGAGGCAUGCUGGCAAAUAGAGUGAAUCAAAGAUAUAGGUGAGCUUCUGCACUAUUUUACACUCAAAGGUCUGGUCCAGUUAUGGGUGAUAGGCCAUGAAUUCUGGGGUUCGGAGACACCCCACUGAAAGAUGCUUUAACAGUCGUGUACGGAAAAAAAUUUACGUUUUCUUCUUGACCUACAUGUUUGAAAUGUGCAGCUCCUAUGCUCAUAAGCGUUUCCUGGGAUCGUGGAUUGUGUGUCAUUUUAAAUUAUUUUCGUUUGGUGAUAUAUUUGUUUGCUAGAUCUAUGUCAAUAUCUAUUGCGAAUGUGUGUAGAUAUAUCACUGAUUUAGGAAAAAAUGGGGACUGAACGAAUACUUUUCUAAAUACUAAUGUUUACUGCCACAAACUCAGACCAAAUACCAAGGGCGCCAUAGCGAUCUCAGAUAAAAAUCUUCUAGUAUUGGGAGGGGGUGUGCUGUGUAACUUGUGACUAAGUUUUUGCUGAUCUUCAGAUAUAAAUCUUCUGGUCUUGGGAGGCA